GAGAGAGAGCGAGGAAAUGCCGGAUUUGGUGAUAGAGGUGAUAAUCGACAUACUGUUGCGGCUUCCCGUGAAGCCACUUUUACGUUUCAGGUGCGUUUCCAAACAGUUUUGUGCUCUUAUAGACAGUCAAGAUUUCAUCAGAUUGCAUCUGAAGCUUUCGAUCGAAACCAAAAACAAUCUCGGCCUCAUACUCAGGAAUUCUAGCUUUUUUUCCGUCGACUUCGAUUCACUGGAUACUGCCGUAGAACUUGACCACCCUUUCCAGUCUACCGGUCGUCAUCGCACUGAAAUUUUUGGUUCUUGUCAUGGUUUAAUUUGUCUGUCUUAUUGUCUGUCUAAUGAUCGAGAGGAUCUUGCUAUUUACCCAUCGACCCGAAGGUUCCAAAAGUUCUCAUUUAGAAAUGUUGGUUUUAAUUUCAUGGGCUGUUCGGCGUAUUUCGCUACUUCUGGUUUUGGGUAUGAUUCGGUUACUGAUGAUUAUAAGGUAGUGAGGUCUCUUGAGUUUCUUUCUCCUCGUAAGAUUGGCUCCUUAGUUAAGGUCUACAAUAUGAAGUCUAAUUCAUGGCGAGAGGUUAAAGGUUUCCCUUAUUCUCAUCGUAAGGAGCGACGUUGUGGUGUGUUUGUUGGUGAUGCUUUACAUUGGGUUGUGAGUCUAAACCCCUCAGAUACUGCUAAUGCCAAUCUUGAAGCUGCAUUUGAUCUUACAGCUGAGGACUAUCUAUUAGCGUCGGAACAUGCUAAUCUUGUUGCUGCAUUUGAUCUUACAGCUGAGGACUAUCAAUUAGUGCUGCAACCUGAAUUUUCUGACAAGAAUUUUCACAUUAAUAUAGUGGAGUUGGGAGAGUGUCUAUGCAUACUUUGCAAUUAUAGAGAAGUUCGAGUUGAUGUGUGGGUGAUGAAAGAUUACGGAUACAAGGAAUCGUGGAGCAAACAAUUUUGUGUAGUUCAACCAGAAGUGAUUCGGUCAUUGGAAUUUUUGAUUCCUUUAGGUGAGUGGCUGGGAAGUCCUAUUGGUUAA